UUCAUUGAUUCAUUAAAAUCAAUGUCGAAUUUGAAACACGUUGAAAACGAUGUAAUGUUUGAAGAUGAAAUUAAUAAAUUGGGAAAUAAGCUUGUUAUUAUAGAUUUUUAUGCCACAUGGUGUGGUCCAUGCAAAACGAUUACUCCUCACUUUACUUCAUUAGCCCAUAAACAUCCAACAGUCACAUUUUUAAAAGUGGACGUUGAUAAAUGCAGAAAUACUGCAGCAAAACAUAAUAUAACUGCAAUGCCAACAUUUGUUAUUAUUCAAAAUAAAAUGAAGGUACAAACUCUGCAGGGUGGUAAUAUAUCAAAUAUGACAAUAAUCGAAGAUAAGAUCAAUCAAUUAUCAGCAAGAGAUAAUGAUGAGGAAUCAUUAAUUCCUGGAUAUAUUGAUUUAAAUGACUUUAUCAGCAAAAAUAAUUGUGAAUGUUUAAAUAGUUCUGAUAAGAAUUCAUUUCUAAACUGUCUUAAAAAUGAUUCAUCUUUUUUGGAAUCGGACUGUGAUGAACAAUUAAUAUUAAAUAUAACGUUCAAUCAACCUAUAAGACUUCAUUCAUUACUUGUCAAAGGACCUAUAGAAAAUGGACCAAAGAUUAUAAAAUUAUUUAUUAAUCAAACACAUACAUUAGAUUUUGAUAAAGCAUUAAGUGGUGAAUCUAUUCAAACAUUGGAGAUAGCUCAAAAAGAUUUGACCGAAGGCAACCCACUUUCACUCAAAUAUGUGAAAUUUCAAAAUGUCCAAAAUAUAUCGUUGUUUGUGCAAAGCAAUCAAAAUGACGAAGAAACUACGAGGAUUAAUUAUAUAAGUUUCAUUGGAUUACCAGUUAGCCACACAAAUAUGGCCGAUUUUAAAAGGGUCGCUGGAAGUAAAGGUGAAGUACACGUGGGAAUGUAAAUUUUGUUAUAAUAACUCAAGUUAAGAAAAUGUUAUUUAUGAUUCUCUCAGUAAAUAUAAACAUGAUUUUGUUUUUCCCACAAAACCCAGAACCUUUAUUAAUUUACAUCACAAUUUUUACAAAGGAAAUAAAAUGUCGAAAUAAAAAUCAUGCCCAUUUUGUAUAUAUUAUUAUGUUAUUACAAAAUGAUUAUUUUAAAUAAUUUGUAUCAAUUUCUUUCUUAAUAAACCAUAU